UACAAAAGGUGAGGCUGGUUUUUCCAUUAUCCCAGAGCUUUUCUAGCCCAGUGAAGGCUUUGAUGGAUUCUCCAGGAUUUAAACUCUGCUCGUUCUCCAUGAGACGUGUUUAGGUCAACAUUUUAUUUUUCUUCAAGCAAACAGAGGGUGUUUGAGCAUGCCUCCAGUACAACCUUUUAAGUAAUGUUUUGUAGACUCUGUGAAAUCUGCAGAAACCAGCCUUGCUGUGCAAUGUGGCUUUUCAGACACAGAAGCUUGUCUGCUUUACAGCAGCUGCACACAGCACGGUGUUAACAUCCCUAAGACAGGACAAACCCUGAGGCAGCAAAACGUUGACAAGUUGAGAAGAAACAUUUCUUUCCAUCUUCCUCCUUUUCCUCUUGCUUUGUAUUGCUGUUGGAUCAAGAAUGGGUCAACUGUGUGGACGGUGCAUGCAGCUGCUGCAGGACUUCGUGGCCUUUGUUCAGAGGAUGUCCUCCAGCUUGGUGCACAGCAUCAAGGAAUGCUUAAUCCUGAUAAGCAAAUGCUCCUGCUUAAAACAAAACAGCUCUAAAGCCAGACAGCUUUACAAGCCCAUCCUACAGCCUCAUGAGAGGGUGACAGCACAGGAGUUUCUGCAGCAUAUUGAAACAGGCUUUGAAAUGUCACCACUUGGAAAGGACCCUCUGGAAGCCUUGAGGACCUUAGCCUUUUCAGAAAACCCAGGUUUACAGCAGUCUGCUGCCCUCUACUACUUGCAUAUGAGUCAGCACAUGAACAUCCCCCUGCCUGUUGAGCAUCUGGAACCCUUCUACGCCUUACUAAGGUCUGCUGACCUGGAGGUGCAGCAGAUGUCUUCCUUGUCGCUUGUCAACUUCUUGCUGGAAGGAAAUAUUGACAAAGAAUUAGUUGUCCAAAUGGGUUUACUUGAGCCAAUUUUGGAUCUGCUUGAGUCAGAGGAUCCCACUGUCCAGUGUAAUUCCUGUGCCUGCACCAUGAUUUUGGCUGUUUCAGAGUCCAACCGAGAGGCUAUUGGUGCUGCUCGAGGAGUUACACCACUACUAUCUCUCGCCAAUUCCUAUGAUCCUAGAGUCCAACAAAAUGCAGUUGGUGCUAUUCUCAACCUCACACAAUCAGAGAAAAUUCAACAGGUCCUGUGCAAGGAAGGAGCCUUAUCAGUUCUUGCCUUGCUGCUGGAAUCUCUUGACUCAGAAGUGCAGUAUUACAGCUGCGCUGCCCUAAGCAAUGUGGCAGCCAAUGCUCAGCACCACGAGGCAAUGCUGAGACCUGGCAAUGGAUUCCUGCUGCGAACACUCAUCUCUCUCCUGACCUCUUCUGUGGACAAGGUUUCAAGCCAGGCCUGUGUUUGCCUAAGAAAUUUGGCUACGAGUGUGGACAUCCAGGACAUGAUGGUUGCUGAGGAUGUUCUGCCCAAGCUGCACUCUCUCCUGACAUCUGGCAGCGAGGACGUGCGUCGUGCCUCCAUUGCUUUGCUCUGGAUCCUGUCCCAGCACUCGCACAACCAGGACACUCUGGCCUGUCCUGAGCUUCUACGGAGCCUGGGGAUGCUACUGUUGGCGCAUAAAACAGACCCUGUGAUUGUUGGCCAUACUGCUUGUAUCAUCAAAAACCUGAGCCUUUCCAAAAACAGACAGAGAAUCAUUGAGAGUCCUUGUGUUGAAGGUCUCCUCCAGAGCAUGCUUUCUACUGACAUUCAAGAAGACUCUCUUCAUUAUGUGACAUCUUGCCUGGCUGAGCUGACAAAGCAAGAAGGAGUCACAUUGUGCAUGGUCCAAUGGAUGGAUGAACCCUUGACAAAGUGCUUGGUGAGACUGGCUGGCCAGCUGGAACAUACUGAGAUAUCCUUUCAAGCUGCCUCCAUCAUCCAGCACGUGAUAGGGCACGAAAAAAAUAUGUUCUUGUGGAAGCGUCAUAUUGGGGAGAUUCAGGCCUAUCUCAAGAACUUUCUUACCCAUCCAGAGGUCCGCUUUCAGCAGCUGGGCAUCUCUACAUUCUGCAGGCUUCGAGAAGAUCCAGAAUUUUCAUUAGCAUUCAGAGAAAGCCAAAUGGCCAAACUCCUUGAGCAAGUCCGUCAACAAACAGAAAAAACUCAAGAGCUCCUUAGGGCAGCUGUUUGCUGUGAAGACAAUUAACAUUUAAGCCAGAUGACUUAUGAAAAUUUACCAGAUCCAAGAGCUUGAACUUUCAGAGAAGACAACUCUUUUCAUCAGUUCUGUAGUUAGUUUUCCUGCUAUCUGCGGUUCCAUCAUACAGAAGAGAUGUUCUGAUAACAAGAAUCAAAGGAGGUCAAAAGACAAUUCCUUAAACAUUUUGGCUGGCUGCUUUAAGCAUGCUUCAGGACCACAACUAAGUUCCUUCCAGUGGUUUGGAAAACACCUAUUAUGCUUGGGUAUUCUUCCAUGGUUUGUUUUUUGUUUCCUCACCAAGCCCCUCCAAAAAUCCAGUGCUGUAUUCAUGACGUUUUAUUCACAAAACAGGCCAAUUCUACUGAAGAGACACCUCUCAAGUACUCAGGUGACUCUGACGUUGUUUUGUUUCUGUUUCACGUCCCUUUUUCCAAAACACACCCCAGGGACUUGACUUCAGGAAAUUACUGCAUUAACACAUAGUAUAAAGGUAGCAAACUCCUGACAGGUUGCUACAUGAAGUAACUGCUGAGGGAAAACUCAGAAGUUGCAAGAAAUUUGUAAGAAACAAGAAUAAGGCAAGCCUUAAGGCUGAUCCUUGUAUGCACUGUAGGCGCUACUCUCCAGCAGAGGAGCAAAGGCACACUGAGGCAGGUAAAUGGUUCAUAGAGUAUGUUCAGAAUAUAGUGGCUCCCAUGAAGGAUUUGAGUGAAAGGUGUUUUAAUACAGAAAUCUGUGUUCUGCAAAUGGUAAAUUAUUUCCAAAGGUACUCACAAUGGGGGAAAAGUGAACAAAUCUGGCAAAAUUAGGAACUGAUCUUAUACCUUGAUAUUAAUAUCUCAUUUUAGAAGGAGUUAAAGAACAAAAAAGAGAAGUAGUAUGUUUAAAUUUAACUGAUUUUCUUACAAGUAUAGGGGACACUGAAUAAUCUCUUCCCUUCUCUCUUCUCCGAGGGAAAGAAUCUGUCACACAGACCCUCCUAGCGAGUCAAAACAGCAUUUCUCAGGAAAAAAAAAUAAAGUAGCACAGAGCCUUGAAAUUAUGGGGCACUAGUUUUCUAAUGUGGGUUUUAAUUUGUAAGGGAAUGAUAGAAUUAUAAUUAUAAUUAUAAUUAUCUAUUUGUAAUCUACUUCCACCUUUGAUCAGUACACUUAUUUUUAAAUACAAGAAUCCUGCUGGAACUUCAUGGCUGGAAUAGUGAAAUUUUGGAACCACUCUUCUGGGAAACACACCUGCUCCCAGACAGCACAGUUUUCUAUGAAAGGAUUUCAGAAGAGUUUCCUGUCUUCUGAGGUACUUCUGACCAUGGCGUAACUCCUACAUGCACGUAGAGCUUGAGAGCUGCUAUUGGCUACAAAAAUGGAAUAAAAGCAAGAUUUAAAAAAAAAAAUAGUAAAAAACCUGUUCUGUCAACAAAAAGCUCAAGAUUGUAUUUUACUGUGGCCUACAUCUUUAAGCUUGGUUUUGGCGCUUGGGGGAGGCAUUUCUGUUAAUGAUUCCUUUGAAUAAUUGCAAGUUCUCUCCAGCUGUAAUGAUUAAAAAAAAACCCAAAACAACAAAAAACCCCCAAAACUACACAGAAAAGUUGCUCUGCUGUGCAGUAAAAACACCUGUAAAAGAACAGGGCAGACAGACUUCAGAUAUAGCAGUAUGUCAUUUUCAAUAUUCAUAUGUGACAGGAAUUUUCUUUUGAAAUCUCAUGUGAAAAAGCCAUGUGCUCAGCUGUGGGCAGUUGGGCUUAUUAAAACAGAGGACUACAAAGAGCUGAAUAACACAGCCAGGAACACAACCAGAAACUCUCAGACUUAAGGCCAUCUCCUUGAGUGACUUCAGGUCAUUUUCCAAAAAGAAAAUAUUAAAUAAUGCAAUAUUAAAUAAUGACAUUAGAAUCGGUCUGUUUCUUAGGUAUUUAAUUGCAAAUAUUACUUCAGGGUCUUAGCAAGAACGAAAAUAACAAAGCAUUCUUCAUGAGGAAUGAGGAGAUGAGACAUGAAACAAGCAAAGCUAAUGAUGGACAACCCAGUAGCUGUUAUGUACUGAACUAAACUCCCUGAAUGUUGUUCUACCUCACUGAGUAAAGUGUUGCAUCUGAUCACGCAAACAACCAAAACAGUUGCAAUAGCAGGCAAAGGAGUUGGCCUUCAUUUGAUGCCUCAUUUUAUUAUCAAGAACAACAUUCAAUGGGAGAGAAAUAUUUUUCCCUAUAUUUGAAGAAAGGGGCUUAAACCAAGACUUAAAAUUUCAGUCCCUUUUCAGAUUUUAGGGUUUUUUGAUUCACACAUCUAAUUCUCUUCCCAGUUCUCUAGCUUCUAGUUUGUAUGUUGGGCCCUUGAAAAGAAAGAAAUUUUCGCUCUCCUUUGAAGCAAACCUGGAAUGAACACAAUUAUAAAUUGUUUUUAUUGCAGUCCUAUUAAAAAAAAAAAAAACAACAAAAAACCAAACCAAAACCCCAACACACACGAGAAAUCAAACAGGCUCUUAAUCUCUGUGCUGCAAAUGGCAAAGCAAGUGUUCUGAAGUCCGACAAAAACCAGAUCAGCACAAUUUAUACCUGAGCCUAAAGGAAUCCUCAGACUUCAUACUGAAGCUAAAUAUUACUGGCUAUUUCUUUACUCUGUUUCUAGCU